AGCAAACCGAAUAUCAGUUGAGCUCCAGCUGGCAGUAAAACACACUCUUCUUCUUAGAGCAACUGUAAGAAACACAUUCUGAAGAGACGCAGCACUGAAGCCAUGAAGGGGCUUCUGCUCCUCUUUCUGCUCCUGCUGUCCGGAGGUCAAAGGUCAUCUGCGUGUCCUCACCUGUGCUCCUGUCAUGGUGGUCAGGUAGACUGCAGCAGCAGGUCUCUGGCCUCCUCUUCACUUCCCACCAGCUUCCCUGCUGGAACCACCGACCUCCGUGUCCACAACAACCUGCUCUCCACCCUCCCCAACGGGCUCCUGGACGGCCUGACCUCCCUGCGCUCCGUCUCCCUGCACGGUAACCCCUGGGUGUGCGACUGUGGCGUCCUCUACCUGAGAGCCUGGCUGCUGCGUCAACCCCCCGGCCUCAAGUCACACCUGGGUGUGAACUGCAGCUCCCCUCCCGGCCUCAGAGGGCGGCUGGUGGUGUAUCUAACCGAGGAGGAGGUGCUGGAGUCCUGCCACUACUGGUACUGCGACCUGGCGUUGGCCUCGCAGGUUUGUCUGUUCGUGUUUGUGGCGGUGCAGACGGCUCUGCUGGUGGCGCUCAUCAUUUUCCUGAGGAAGUUCGAGAGGUUGUCCAAAGAGGCGAAAAGAACCACAGAGGAGAGCUUCACAGCCGGAGAGGCUCAGAGGGAGAACGAAUACGCACCUUUAAAGGACAGCAGCUUCUGAAGUGGAACUAUGAUGUUUCUCAUUUGCACACUGGAGAGAAUAUAUUUGCCAUUCUAGCUUUAAUUUCAGGUGACAACCUGAAUAAAUGAGUCAAGAAACAUAAAUACAAAUGAUCUAAAUUGUCCUUACCUAUGGCAUUAAAACAUGCUAUAGGUAAGGACAUGUAUACCCUUUUUCUUUGCCUUUCUUUCUUUUUAUUUUAUUCCAUUUUUUUUCCUCAUUUCAACCUUUAUUCAUCCCUUUUUCUUCAUUGCUCAAAAUCUUCAUUUCCUGUCUUUUCUUUUUUAUUCUUGUCUCAGUCCAUCAUUUGUUAGCUUUUUGUCCUCUUUCUUGCUCUCUUCUUUCUCUUUAUUCUAUCUUUUCUUUCUUUUUCUCCCUCCUUUUUGUUUCUCGUCUUUUUUCUCCCAUUUGUCUUCAAUUUUUUUCUUCUCUGACUUCUUCUAAUCAUUUUGCAUCCCAUUCUCUUCAUUACUCUUCAUCUUCACUAUUUUAUCUGUGAAAAGAUUUCCAGUAUCAAAACAUUGGAUGAUAAUGUUAUUAGAAUAUUUUGAUAAGAACCCCUUAAAUUUGAUAAUCAUACCACAUGACCAUUAUAUGUACUGAACAGCAUAUUUUACAGACGUUACUGUCUGGUGAAUAAACUAUGUAAACUACUA